AUCGUGAAAAGAAACAGGUGGCCGUUGAUUUAGACACAUCACAACUGAAAAGAUAAUAUUGUUUCUUUUGAUGAAAUAAUGUUAUUAUGUUACAAAUGCGUCUCACUACAUAACAUCUUAUUAUCUUUUUGUAACGAGGUGAAUCUUGAAGACAAUAUUGAGGAUGGACAAAAUUCCACAGAAAACAAAGGAAGACCCAACGAGAAAAUGGCGCUGUUUUGCUUUGUUUCUAUUGUUGUUUUCUUUCUUUGUGAUUGCUGGAAUGGCUACUGUUGUCAUUUAUUAUGAGAUUCUCAAACACCAAUCCAGGAAUGAACAAAGCUUUCCGGAUUUUCUUCCUUUUCAAUCUGGAGAACAUUCCCCUUUCCGUGAUCUCAAUACCGACGAAAUUACUGCAAUAAGAAACUACUUAUUAAACCAACCUGCAUUUAAUAUUGGUAAUGAUUCACAGUUUUCUCUGGACAAGAGCUAUGUUUUCCUUACCGAAGUUUAUCUACCAAAUAAAUCUGAGAUUUUAACGUUAAGAGAGAAAAACCUAAACUCUCCUCCCAGGCAUGCUAGAACUGUGUUGUUCCGAGGCGAUCUUCGACCUCCGCGAGUAGAGGAGUAUAUAAUUGGUCCUCUCAGAAAUAUUACAUUCCAUAGAACUCUAGUUUCAAAACAUUACCAAAAAAGUGUUCCGUUUCUAUUCAGACCAUUCUCAGAGCUUGACAAUUCCGUAAUGAACAAAAUUCUGCAAAUAGUUGAAUACAAUAUCAGAUUUCUACUACAAAACAGCUACGAAGCCAGUUUUUUCGAUUGUCAACACCAUUGUCUUAAAGCAGAAUAUUUUUCUCCAAUGGCACCAUCUGUUUCCGGAAAAGAUGUCAGAUUAGUUUGGUACUGGACACAUCAUGAUGUUGAGGAUUAUCUAUUGUAUCCGGUUGAUUUAUUCUUGUUGGUCAAUAUGACAGGAAGUAAUAGUUCUGCUUAUAGAUUAGAAAAUAUAUGGUAUGGAAGUAAACUGUAUGAUUCUCCAGAGCAGCUAGCCGCCGAGUAUCUAGCAGGAAAAACACAAAAAUCUUACAUUCCGUACACAAAAAGAGCAAAGAAGAAAAAGGCUAUACAUGUUCAUAGACACAAUAUUUACAAAUCAAACUCAUUACAUACAUCAGUAAAAUAUUUUGUCCGAAACAAUCAUAUCGAAUAUGAUAGUUGGAAUUUUGACAUACAGAUGUCAACAAGUAGAGGACCAUCAAUGUUUAAUGUAAAGUUUCGUGAUGUAACAUAUGCUUACGAAGUGAGUCUUCAAGAAAUUUCAAUUUUCCAUAAUGGAUAUAAACGUUGGAUGCGGUAUUCUGACAUGACAUACUCUGGAUUCCUCCUAGGGACAAAAGCAAGAGAACUAGUCCCCGGAGCUGACUGUCCCGAAACGUCUACCUUUAUAGACAGUUCACAUGUGUUUGCAGGAAGAUUGGAAUUAAAGAUCUUUCCUAAUUCGUUCUGUGUUUUCGAGCAGCCAACGGGCAUGGUUUUGAGGAGGCAUUACUCGUCCACUACGUAUUCUGGUACAGAAGAUACUGUGUUGGUCGUACGAACAAUCCUGGCAAUAUUUAAUUAUGACCACGUUAUAGACUUUGUCUUCCAUAAAAAUGGUAUAAUGGACGUCAGAACUUCGUAUUCGGGAUUUCCUCUUCCGACAAUAUAUAGUCCCGAGGAAACCCGGUAUGGAUUCAGAUUGAAUGAACAUCUAGUGGCAAAUAUUCACCAGCACUCCUAUCAUUUCAAAGUGGACAUAGACGUUUUUGGUCGAACAAACCGUUUUGAAACCUUUGAUAUAGGACCAAAAAUUCAAAACAGUGAUUGGGUAAUAAAAGCAUUUGAAAAAUAUGAACAGAUUAAGUUUACAAGAACCUUAAAAAUGACUGAAAACCAAGUACUUUUUAAAAGUUGUUCUAAAUCGGACAGCUUUUUCAUAUUUUAUAAUAGAGAACAUUUAACCCUGUAUAAGGACCCCAAAGCAAUUAAAUUGCAAGUUAGAAGCCAGGAAACAAACUUUGUAUCCGAAAAUAUAGGUAAUGAAGCUUCUGUUUCUUGGAAACGGUAUAUGUUGGCAGUUUCAAAAAGACACGAAGAUGAGCGUAGCAGUAGUUCUAUUUACUCCACGUGGGAUGCUAAGGAAACAAUUGUUAAUUUUCAAAGUUACAUUGACGACAAUGAAAGCAUUAUUGACCAGGAUCUGGUUGCUUGGGUAACCCUAAGUGCAACACAUAUACCACACCGAGAGAACUAUCCUCUUACAUCAACAACAGACAAUAACCAGUAUUUCAGUCUCAUUCCAUUCAAUCUAUUUAACGAGGACCCAUCUGUAAAUUCUAUUGACACCGUAACAAAAAGUGUAAAUAUACAACAAUCAGGAGGAUGAGUUAUUUAACAAGGUACACUAAGUUCCAGCCAGCUGUUACUUUUAUCAGUCUGAUUUCAUGGAUAUCAAGAAACUCAAAUUAACAUUUACAAGAAUGCAUGUUCUAAGAACACAAAGUCUGCGAGAAAACAGAUAUAUCAGGAGAACAAUGUAAACAAAGUUUGGAAAUCAGGAAACACAUUACAGCUCAUUUCUGUGAUUUGUCUGUUGAAAGGAACUAAUGACAACUCGUCACCAUAAAGAGGUUUCGCACUGACGUUUAUUGCAAGCAACAGUAAUCAGUUGCAAUCUUCUGAGCAGUAUCAAUAGUCCGUUCAGAUUGCUACUAUAUUAUGGCAAGCCGUUCUCGUCAAAACUAUGUUUAAACCCUUUUUUCGAAAAAUUACACACUGAGAAUUAAAACCUGAAAUAACACACUGAGAAAUCGAAAUUACACACUGAGAUUUAAAAAAAAGACACACUGAGAUGAAAUAAAUUGAAAAACACACACUGAGAAUUGUUAAUUACACACUGAGAUUUAAAAAAUACACACUGAGAUUAUUCUGCACAUUACUAAUGAAUAUUGAUGAGAUGAAUAAUUCAACAGAUUGAUAUCUUGGUCUCCCAAACUCUCGUCAUUAUAAUAAAAUGCGGUUCCUUCAACAAACAUUCGUAAUAAAUUUCAAGACUUAACAUCGUUUUUUGCUAACUCAUAUGCAUGAGUUUGUUACCUAUAAUUCAGAUUAUUACUAUAACAGUGUAUCGGGAUUUUUUGCUUAAAACUGUUUAAGCAUGGGUCCUUUUCAAAAGUCUUUCAACUGUUACCCUGAUUUCGCAAGGUAAUCUUUUAUAUUUUUGUUACGUUUAUAUGCUAUAAUAGGCACUUGGGUAAAAAUGUCACUGCAUUGUUUGUCUUUUUGCCGAUUGUUCCAAUGUUUUCUUAUAAUUUAAUAAAGUUUUUCACCAUUUGAUUAUAUUUUGUAAUGAGAGUAAGUGUGUAUUUUUCCUGUUCUAUUGGUCUUUAAUAACGUUGUUUUUUCUACACGUUGUAUUUCUAAUGUUUUUAUUAAACACUUGGCGCCAAUUUGAAGGACUGCAUUGUAACGAGUUCUGUCCCCUGGUUGCUUUAAGCUUGUAAUAGAUUCAGAUUAAGUAUGCUAAUUAAAUAUGUGCGCAUAAAAAGUGCGCACAAAUCUCAGUGUGUAAUUUUAAAUUCUCAGUGUGUAAUUUCAAAUUCUCAGUGUGUGUUUUUCAGUUUAUUUCAUCUCAGUGUGUCUUUUUGAAAUCUCAGUGUGUAAUUUCAAUUCUCAGUUUGUAAUUUUCAAUUAUCAGUGUUUGUUUUUCAUUUUUUGUAAUCUCAGUGCGUCUUUGAACGGAAGCGUAUAAGCGCCACACAACUUUUUUUUUAAAUAUUUCUUCCUAUGUUUGCGUUAUUACGCAAA